CAGAAAACGAAACCUCCGAAUAUCGGUCUUUUUCCUUGUAGGGGGAGAUGACCGGUUGGACACUGGAUUGUAUCAACUGGAUCGCCUCCAAUAUUUGUUGCCCGCCCACCCGCCUUGAUAACUAUUCAUGUGAUCUUUCGGGUCACAUGCUCUGUGGCUGACGAAAUGGACGUGUCGCUGCUUUUAUGUCUUGCCUUGAUCGGGUCCUGCUUUAGCGCAUUUCGACCUCCUUCAGUACCUCUAGUCGUCAAUAACCCCUAUACGAGCAUAUGGUCUGCAGCAGAUAAUCUGUAUGACGAGUUUCCAGUGCAUUGGUCAGGAGCUAGCAUGGGUUUGACGGGUCUCAUUCGCAUAGACGGCAAGACAUAUCGCUACAUGGGACCACAGAGCUUACUAAGAGGUUCUUCAAUUCCUAAUGUUGAGCAAACAGGAGUGGCUGUAGCUCCAUCGUCUACUUACUAUACCUUCCAUCAGGAUGGAGUAAAAUUGGAUGUCAUCUUCUCUAGUGUUUCUGCUAUUCCUGUGGCCCUCUUUGAGGAUGUGGAUGUCUCAAUGUAUGAGAUUCCUGUGACAUAUCUGAACCUUACCGUGUCAUCUGAAGACAACAAAGUACACGACGUUCAACUUUAUUAUGACAAUUCUGCUGAACCAGCUGUGAUGGACUCCAAAGAAAUGGUCACGUGGUCACGCAACAGGUCAGCUGUAGAAGGUCAUCACACUAUGUCUAUAGGAACCGUCGAUCAGAAAUAUUUGCAACAGGGAUCGGAUAGAAUAAACUGGGGCUACUGGUAUACAUCAGUUGAAGACAAUGGCAAUGUGUCUACAGUUAUAACGAGUGAUGUCAAUGCAAGAGGAUCGUUUGCUAAUGGGAAAGCAUUUCCUGAUGAGGACGAUAAGCCUCCACGUGCAUGUGAAGAUAACUGGCCUGUUUUAGCUGUCUCAUGGGAUUUGGGUAAUGUGGGAGAGGGCAAUGGAGCAAGUCGUUACAUUGUUCUAGCAUAUGAUCAAGUUGUGUCCAUUCGCUAUUUUGGACAUAACAUGAUACCUUUGUGGCGGCAUCUCUACAACAAUGACACAGCAGAAAUGUUGAGAUCUGCUCAUGCUAGCGCCUCUCGUGUGGGAUUAACAUGUAUAUUAACGGAUGCUUUUCUUAUUGGGGUGAUCUCUGCAAACAUUAGUCCAGCUGACAAUUACAGUACGAUAGCAACAUUAGCCUGGCGACAAACUGUGGGCGGAACACAGUUAGUAUGGAAUGACAUAUUAGAACAAGAAUGGGCUUUUCUGAAGGAAAUUUCAAGUGGUGGUGCUGUGAACACAGUUGAUGUUCUCUAUCCGGGUUCUCCUCUUCUUCUAUAUAUUUUUCCCACUCGAUUGCAGAAGCUUCUAAUGCCAAUUCUUGCAUAUGCUAAUAAUGAAACAAAAGCAUACGGUGAGUAUAUUCCUUACAACCUUGCCUGGGCACCACAUCAUCUCGGUCAUUGGCCCAUUUGUGAUCUUGCUCCAAAUCAUCAAGAGCAGAUGCCAAUGGAAGAGACUGGUAACAUGCUCAUCAUGAUAGCUGCCAUAGCAAAACGGUACAGAAAUAUAGAAAAACUGGCCUUUCCGAGUCAACCGGGAUCAUUGACGUAUCUAAAACCCUACUGGCCUUUGCUUCGUAAAUGGGGAGACUAUUUAGUAUCCAACCUUCCAGAUCCAGGCAACCAGUUGUGCACAGAUGAUUUUGAAGGUCCUUCUCCACAUAAUGCAAAUCUUGCGAUCAAAGGAAUUGUUGGCCUUGGAGCACUAGCAUAUUUACUCGAACAAGAUGGUCAGAAAGACAUAGCUACACACUACUUAAUGCAAGCAAAGAAUUUUGUAACAAUGUGGAUGAAAAAUGCUAGUGAUGGAGAUCAUUACCGAAUGCAGUACAAUCUGCCCGACACGUGGUCACUCAAAUACAAUCUUUUGUAUGAUCGAUACCUUGGUUUAAAUUUGUUUCCUCAAUCAGUGUAUGAUUUGGAAUGUGCUUAUUAUCAAAAGAAGAUGAAUGCAUAUGGUGUUCCUCUUGACAAUCGUGCAGACUUUACAAAAACUGACUGGCUCAUGUGGAUCGCCUCAAUUUGCAAUCAUGACCAAUUUGAUGCAAUUACAAACAGUGUGUAUCAUUUUGCUGAUAUGAGUCCAGAUCGGGUUCCAUUCAGUGAUUGGUAUUUCACAACAACUGGUAAAGUGAAGGGCUUUAGAGCUCGUCCAGUUAUUGGAGGUAUCUUUGCUGCCAUGAUAUCUAGCACCUAAAGAGAUCAAGAUCAAAAUCAAGUGAUGAGCUUGCUGGAUUGAGAAUUUGAGUUUUGAGAUUGCAUAACCAGCAAAUCUGUAUUAAUUAAUGCUUCCUUAUUUGCUUGUAUUUUUGCUGGUUGUUCUUUCCAGGAACUUGACUCCUGCCAAUAUUUGCUAUUUGUGUACCAAGAAAUGAGUAUCUCCUCAACUUUGUUGGAAAUCACAGUGAACUUUACUGGUAAUCAAGCGGACAAUCAACACAGUAUAACUGCACGCAUUAAAGACAGAUUUAUGACACAGCAUGUAUGGAGUGUCCAUACUCUACUGACUUGUCCAGCCUUUCUGCUUGACUGAGUGCCUGAUUUAUAAUUAUUGUAAAAGAAUGGACUGGUUAAACAUCUCUUACCGUUUAGUAAUUA